AUGACGACUCCCUCAGGGAGUAUUUUUCAUGCUACUGAUCGAGGCAGCCCGGCAAGGAGUGCUCUCGUUUCUCCUAGUAGCCCUAGUGCUCUUGUGAUUCAUAACGAUGAGGAAUUACCCGAGGAAAUACUGGAGUGUUUGGGCGAAGACCCGUCAAAAUUACCAGUAACUCAUAUCACAGUUCCUUCUAGUGUUGUAACACGCUGGACGCACGUGAUGUUUAAUGGUUUGCCAAAAGAGGACAAAGACGGCGGUUUUAAGCCUCCACUUCUUAAUACGGAAGUUGAAGCAAUUUUACCAACAACCUCGGUUAAAAAAGACAGAGACCAAGUUGCUUCGCAAACACAGAUGUUAGCGAGCUUAGGAGCCCACUCAGAGGCCUUAAAAUUAAUAGCUUCGUGUACCACUGAGUUACCCGAACCAUUUAAAAAACAACUGGGUAAAUUACUUUCCGAUUCGGCAAAUCUUAUUUCGGACCUCGUUUUUACGACGUCUCAAACAAGGAGACAUCUUUUGUUUCCUCUUCUUUCAAAACAGGUCAAGGAAUUAACACUUAAAGUUCCGCCCAGGGAAUUUCUCUUUGGAGCAAAUAUGGCAGACGAAUUACGUACGGCAAAAUCAGCAGAAAGGUUAGCAAAAGACCUGAAAGCUCCUUGCUCCACAUCGCAAAACCAGCAUAGGUUUUCAAAAAGUGAGGGGGGGUGCUUUAAACCGAAGGAGCCCGACUCGUCCACAGAGAGUAGGACAGAAGUCAACAGGGCGCUACUCUCAGAAAACGUACAAAAAGUAGUCCAGACAAACCCAUCCACUGGCAGAUUCCCUUACGUUGAUGGCAGGGAUUGUCUCCGGAAAGCGUAUCAACAAAGAGGUCUCCCAGAAGAAGCAAUAGAUACGAUGAUUAGGUCGAUAUCUCACACAACACUCAGACAGUAUCAAACCACAUAUAAACUUUGGUGGGACUACUGUACACAAACCAACACAGACUAUUUCAAUGCAACACCACAUCAAGUUAUCCAAUUUUUACAACAGCUUUUAGUUACAAAGUCCCAUAACUACGGAACUUUUAAUUCGCAUAGAUCUGCCUUAUCUUUAUUGUUAUCAGGAAACAUAGGCAACGAUAGUGAUCUAAAACGAUAUCUUAAGGGAAUAAUGAGGUUAAGACCAACGAAGCCAAAAUAUUCAACAACCUGGGAUCCUGCUCCAGUAGUAAAAUAUCUGCAGGCCUUAUUUCCUUAUGAUAGAUUGAGUUUAGAAACUCUUACAUCCAAAGUAGUCACACUUUUAGCUCUCAUUUCAGCCCAUAGGGUCCAGACCUUAAGUCUCAUUCAAUUGUCCAAUAUACAAAUAUCAGAAUCAGGCAUCACUAUCAAAAUUACAGAACCCACAAAAACAAGUUUACGAACAGGAAUUUAUCCAGUUAUGAAAUAUAAAUACUUUACAGCUCAGCCCGAAUCAUGCAUUGUUUUGGCGAUCCAAGCCUAUAUCAAUAGGACCGAAGAGUUACGCAACUCGGAGGAUUUCCUAUUUAUUACAACGAAGAAGCCGUUUAAGAAAGCAAGCACAAACACUAUUAGCAGAUGGAUAAAGAACACCCUGCAUGAAGCGGGCGUUGACACUUCUGUUUUUAGUGGACACUCUACUCGUCAUGCUGCAACCUCUGCAGCUGUCCGCAAGGGCAUUUCAGUAGAGAUCAUUCGUCAAAAUGUUGGUUGGACAGCAACGUCUCGUGUUUUUGAAACUUUCUACAAUCGCCCCUUAUCAACAGGGGACAACAUUUGUAAUGCUAUCCUGUCCUGAGACAUUCAGGCCAAUAGCAUCUUUUUCGAUUUAAUCGAAUUUGUUCUUUACAAUAAUAAGCAAUAAACAGCUUUAAACAUCUACAA